AAGGUAGAUUUUAAGAAAUCAUGGGUCGUAAAAAAAUAGAGAUAAAAUUGGUGAAGAACAUAGAAGCUAGGUAUGUCACAUUUUCUAAAAGAAGGAAAGGUCUCUUUAAGAAAGCAAGUGAGUUAUCAAUUCUUUGUGGGGCUAGAGUUGGAUUGCUUGGAUUCAGUCCUAGUGGUAAGCCAUUUGCUUUUGGUUCUCCAUCUUUUCAAGUUGUGAUUGAUGAGUACCUUCAUGAAGGAGGUGUUGAGACUUUUGAAAAUGGAGAGAUUGGCAAUCUCAAUGAAGAACUUAAAGAUUUGAAAAAAGAGAUAAAGGUGGAGGACAAAAAGAUUGAAGAAGUUGACAAAGGUAUCAUCCCUACCGAUCUUAGUUUGGAGGAACUUCAAAAAGUGAAGACUUCAUUGAAAGAGCUCCAAGGUGAAAUUGAGGCAGCUUCAUCUUUACUUCUCCUUGCAAAAAAACCUGUGUUUAUUAUUCAAGGUUGAAUGAAUAUUAGCAUAUAAGCCUCAUUAUAUAUUUUUUGUU